GAGUGUGGUGGGCUCACUUCCUGUCUUCACAUUUUUUGCACUUCUCGUAAUUGGGGGGGAAUUGAUGGGCGUAGAGGAUGUUGACUGAGACGGCGUGAGAAGAAAGAGAGAGAGAGAGAGACACAGUGAGAGGGAGUGAAAACAAGACGACCGGCAGACUAAACAGUCAUAUCGGUGAGAGGGUAAGAGAGAGCUCUUCAACAACGAAAGAGAGGACAAUGAACAAUAUAGAAAAAGUCUGAAGGCAGAGAGCUGAGAGGAGGACGGGGAGGAGCAGACGCUGUCUAAAGGAUGUGAAAAUAAGAAGUCUGCAGGAUUUAUGACUCAUUUGGAGACUGAAGAAACAGGUGGACAUAGCAAAAGAAAAGGACUGUUGUUGGAGAAUAUCUUAUCAUAUAUGCAACUUUUUAAAAAAAGUUACAGUUUGAUGGAGGAAGAAAACACACCCAUGCACUCUCUCACACAUUUAAACUGCAGCUGUGCUGAAAAAUCUCCACGCGAGGAAAAUUGAUGAGCCAAAUGAUCAACAACCCUGAAGUUGCCACUCCUCAGACACAAUGACCACCUUCUCCUCGGCCUCGUCAUUCCCCUUCAAUCUUUCAGCCUCUGCGUUGUCCAGCUCCUCUCUUCCUGUCUCUAUUUCAUCCCUCCCUGAUUCCAUGUCAUCAUUCUUCACUGUCACCUCUCUUCCACCUUCCUCCACCUCUUCCUCAAACCAGACUGUGUGUUCGUUUGAUGACGCUGCCCUACGCCUGCCGCUGGUGGUCCUAUACUCCCUGUUCUUCCUCUUUGGGCUUGUGGGUAACCUCUUUGCCCUGUGGGUCUUCCUUUUCCUACAUAAAAGCCGCAACUCUGUGCGAGUGUUUCUCAUCAACUGUGCCGUGGCUGAUCUGGUCCUGCUGGCGUGCCUGCCCUUCAGGGUUUUCUACCACGUUAACGGAAACAAGUGGGUGCUGGGAUCUGUCGCCUGCAAGAUGGUGGGGAAUCUGUUUUAUAUGAACAUGUACAUCAGUAUCACUCUACUGGGGCUCAUCAGCUUGGACAGAUACUUGAGGUUAAAGGGGAAAGGCAGAGCGCGGAGAGGUGUGAGAUUGACGCUGUGGGGCCACAGCCGGCCGUGGAGCUGGGUGGCGUGCGGGGCCCUGUGGGGUCUGUCGCUGGCGGCACUGGUGCCCAUGAUCGCCACGGCGGAGGACACAGAGUUCACCGGCAAGUGCUUCCAGUACAAGAUGCGCCAGAGCAAAGCCAAAGGGAAGGCCUACUUCAACGCCGUGCUAGUGCUGUUGUUCUGGCUCGUGUUCAUCAUGCUGGUGGUGUCUUAUGCGAAGAUCGCUUCGCAGUUGCUGAGGGUGUCGCGGGACAAGCCGGAUCUUCCCAACGCACAGAGGUACGAACGAACGGCCAAGAAGUCCUUCUUUGUGCUGUUUCUGUUCACCGUCUGCUUCGGGCCCUACCACGCCUUCCGCCCCGUCUACAUCCUCUCCCAGCUCGGCGGAACGGUAUCCUGCGACUACUUGCAGCUGGUGGACCGCACCAAUGAGGUGAUGCUGUUAUUCUCCGCCUUCAACAGCUGUUUGGAUCCCGUCAUGUACUUUCUGCUGUCCGGCUCAGUGCGCAAAACCGCCCUCCGAGCGCUCGGACACCGACUUGGCAACCGGCUUCUCUUCCUGAACGACGCAACAUCAAACAGCUCGACAACGGAGUUCAGACGACCGUCCGCGCCUAUGGCUUUUCCUAACGCUGAACUGAACACCCCUUCAGUCACACCCAGAACAAGCAUCUGUGUCAUCAACUCCACCCUCCGCCGCACAGGAUUGACCACGCUUCCACCUACUGGCCAACAGUGACGUCUGCCUGAACACUGAAGGAGAAAGAAAUAUCUGACAUUUCUAACCGGACUGGUUGGCUAAUUCUCUGUAAAACUGAGCAAAGCAUUUCUGCACAUACCUACUUCUUUUGUUAAAAACAAAUAAAUAUGUUUUUUUACUGCUGA